AUGUUGAUGUUCAGCCAUCUGAAUGCCGACGCAUUCGAAAGCCCCAAGAAGUUCGAUGGUAGAAAACGACCCCGUGUUCGGGAACCCGUGGCAUGUAACCAUUGUCGCAAAGCCAAAGUGCGCUGCGAUCGCAAGUCACCAUGUCAACAGUGCCGGGAUCGUGGCAUCGACACGCAGUGCGCUUACUCGCGUGCCAAAGGUUCUGCAUUCUCGGUCGCGGAACCUCCUAGAUCAUUAGUGUCUUCAUCAAGCACAGACGUCAAUCUACUCGCGUUGAAACAGCUGGCACCUCGCUCCUCCAAUGGCAAGAUCUCCACAGUCAGUCAUGCCAAUAAUGCCUUCACAGGGUCCGACUUCAAAACAAGGCUGAUUGGCGGCACCCACUGGAUGGCUGUGUGCAACGAUCUACCUGUAGUAGGGGCCAUGCUGAAGAAGACUGUUGAUUUUCAGCCCACAUGGAGAACUUUCGCAGAAGUCAAGUCUCUCCUUCGCACCGCAAAUUCGGUACCAGCCGGAGUAAAUAGAGAUGGUAAGAAGCUACUGAAUCUCCUUCCUGAUCAAUUAACCUGCGAAAAGUGGAUUAGGCGAUUUUGUGAGACCUAUGGUAGAAUCUACCAUGUAGUCGACCAGAACUUCCUUAUCACCGAGCUGGAGGAAAUAUUGAAUGCACCCGUCGACACCAAUGAAGUUCAUAUCUCCAGGACUCUGUUGAUUAUUGCAAUUGCCAUGCAGAUCGACGAGUCAGAGCGACUACGCGGGCGUCUGAUAUUGCAAGAAGUGGAGAAUCGUAUUUAUACGUCGCCUCCGUUCCAAAAACCUUGUAUAGGCGUCAUGCAGGUUUUAUUGUUGCUGCUCAUCAUGAAGACAAUCACUGCUUCUGAUACCGACAACAUUUAUGGCCUCAUGGGUAUCAUGGGGCUGACUACGCAAAUGGCUCUGAGCAUGGGCUUGCAUAGGGAUCCGGCUUUGUUCCCCGAUGUCAAUCCUUAUUAUGCAGAAGUACGGAAACGAUUGUGGGCGUGCUUUUUUCGAUUGAACCUCGACUAUUGCAUACGGAGCGGAUCCCAGUUUGGUAUUCGACUGGAAGAUGUGGACUGUCCUCUCCCGCGCCCUAUCAACCUUCAGACCCUUGACUCGGGAACGAUGAGGAUGUCAGCUCCCUUGUUGAAACAGGCUCAGGACGCAUCGGACCAGGCUUUCAAUAUUGCUGCAAUGAAGCUUGCUAUAGUGAGGGCUCCAUUACAUCAGCAACUUUGCUCUACAACACCUCAAUUAUCAAGCGAGAUACAGGAUGAAAUGCGCGUCUCCUGCCACAGGAUCCUGCGUGGACUGCCUCCAAACCUGCUAGAGACAGCUUUAUCAUGCAGUCCAAUUGAAAAAAUUCAGCAAGCCUUGUUGGCAGUGCAUGUGAAUAGCUUCAUGAUUAUCAUCGCACACAAUAAUGUCCUCGGAGUUUCGCCUCAUAAAUCACAGCGGGAUGAUCUCUACGAGGCAUGGGACAAUUCAGUGCCCAUUCUCUACCAGAUGCAGGAAGUGUUACAGAGCGGCUCUGAAAUUUCUAACAUGGCCUACCAUCUCCUUUGGACUGACCUCGCCCGCGCCACAUUGACCGCGUGUUUGGUGAUUGCUCGUCUGCGGAGCAUUAAUCUGGAGACAAUCGUCUCCAAUGGUCCUUCACCCACGCUGGCCAUGUUCCGACAGCUUUUACUAAAGUCUCACGAGUCUUUAUCUCAGAUUCUAGCGGGAAGGUACCGUCUUGGACCGGUUGCAGCGAAGACGAGACUUGUCCUUGCUGUCGCAACAACGAUCACCACAAGUCUAGUCAACGACUCUGGCGGCACACACCAGAAUUCUAAGCUCAUACAUCUGGGGAUCACAGCUGCCGGAGAGGUUGUCACCGAGAUGGAGCGUUCUCUGAAACGGGAACAGCAAGAAUCAACGCACGCUUGGCUAGAAUUCAACGAUAAUGAUACCACAAGAUCAACCGCCCUGCUGAAUGCUCCCACUCCUUUAUUGACGAAUUGGACGGAACAUGUACAACCUCCACACCCCUUAUUGCAGACGUUACUUCCAACUGACUGCGACUUUUAUCUGGGCUCAAAAUCUCCAGAUCUGGGUUUGCAGUCCGACCUAGGCGUAUCAUAUUCUAUGGCGCCAUUCGAACUUACUUCGACGAUCCAGUCCACCCCCAACCUUUGGUGGGAGGACAUAUAG